AUGGCUUCUCCGCCCUACGCUACCUCGCCAUCGGGCAUGUCGCCGCCUUAUCCGUCACCCGCCCAGAUUCCCAAUAAGAAACGCCAAUCUACCCUCGACGUCAGCGCACCACCGAACAAACGACGCAAGCCAUCGAACAUAUCCCAAGCAGCCGUCGCAGCAGCUGCUGCCAACCACCCUCUUCGUCAGACUUCAUUUCCUCCCGAAGCUCGCUCACCUUAUCCACGCUCUCCCUCUGUGGAUGCCCAGUCUCAUGUGAGCGGCAGUGCCGUCAGCACCACUGCCAGCGGCGCGCCUAAAAAGAAGCGAGGCCGUAAGGCAAAGAAUGCAAAGCAGGAUGAUGCCAGUGAUCAGACGCCCAGUCUUGUCGGAGGACGUGCCCCAACCGCCGUCAGUGGCCAAGGCGGCGAAAAGGAGGACGAUGAUGAAGAUGACGAGAAGGCAGAGAUGGCCUUGGUGGACGUUGUAGCGAGAACACAGGAGCAGAAGCAGGAGGAGAUCCGAUUACGUGCCAUGCUUGUCGAGGCCUUCGAUACACAACAGUACAACCGAUACGAGCUCUGGCGUGCAGCUAAGCUUGCCGAUAGCGUCGUCAAACGAGUUGUCAACGCAACAGUCUCUCAGUCCGUACCUCAAAAUGUCAGCACCGCUGUCAAAGCCGUUGCCAAGCUCUUUGCCGGCGAAAUCAUCGAGGCAGCCCGCAAUGUUCAGGGCGAAUGGAUCAAUGCAGGAGAGAAGCAAAGCGAAUUGCCGACGCCACCCCCAUCAACAAAUGACGACCCUGCUGUAGCUGAGGAGGAGAUUGAUCUCAAGCGCGGCCCUUUGCGACCCGACCAUCUGCGCGAGGCCUGGCGUCGCUACAGACUGUCUGGAGAAAGUCGAGGUGUGGGAGUGCAGCAGCUCUGGCAUGCACAGCAGGGUGACGGUGUUGAGCGAUUCUCUACCCGCAAUGGAAAGCGACUUUUCAAGUAA